AUUUGGAUUAGCAUCUACAUAGAAACGAAGGUUGGCAAGGAAGAAAGGUGUACGAUCGACGUAGAAGCGCCAACCUGUACUUAUCUAGUGAAUCGCGCGCGUGUGCAGUGCGGUGUAUCGACAAGAGAGUGUCCGUGCGUAUGCGUGGUCAACUGUAUAGAUGAACUUGAAGCCGAAAGGGGAAAAGGUGUGCGAGUGUAGACUGAGCGGCGGCGUUGAGCGAGGGUAAAGCGGGUCGGCAUUGGUAAGCACGAUUAGCCGAAAACGCGCAGUCGCGCGUUGGUCCUGUCGGGUGGGAGGUGAUCAGCUGUGAGCACGCGAAGAACGAAAUGUUCGUCCUGCAAAGGUCUAUAUUAUCGACCAGUAGCAGAAAUUGUGCAGGAUCAUGGACUCGAGUUCUUCCAUCCUCGCAUCCUGCCGUGAAGGAUGUUCAACAAAGAGACAUCCACGAGGUAUCGGGAGAUGUCAUCCCGAUAAAUAUGGUAAAAGGUAUCGGUCAUUUACGAGAUCCCCGACUUAAUAAGGGUUUGGCAUUUACUCUGCAAGAGAGGAUAUCCUUGGGUAUACAUGGUCUGCAGCCUCCUAGAUUCAAAACUCAAGAAGAACAGCUGGCACUGUGUAAGGCUUCGGUUAUGAAAUAUACCGAGGACUUGAAUCGUUAUCUCUACCUCGUAGAACUACAGGAAAGAAAUGAAAGAUUAUUUUUCCGGUUAUUAAGUGAGAACAUUGAGCAGAUGAUGCCAAUUGUUUAUACUCCUACCGUGGGAUUAGCCUGUCAGAAGUUCGGUGUCAUUUAUCGCAGACCUCGUGGACUAUUUAUUACAAUAUACGAUAAAGGACACAUUUACGAGAUACUGAACAAUUGGCCUGAACAAGCAGUUCGUGCUAUUUGCGUAACGGAUGGGGAAAGAAUUCUCGGUCUGGGUGAUUUGGGAGCCUGUGGUAUGGGGAUUCCCGUAGGAAAAUUGGCUCUGUACACUGCUCUAGCUGGAAUUAAGCCGCAUCAGUGUCUACCAAUUACUAUUGACGUUGGCACUAAUAACGAGCAACUCAGAAACGACCCCCACUACAUCGGACUCAACAAACCGAGAAGUCAGGGUGCGGAGUACGAUGAGUUAAUCGAUGAGUUUAUGGCUGCCUGCGUGAAAAAGUAUGGUCAAAAUGUUUUGAUUCAGUUUGAAGACUUCGGAAACCACAAUGCUUUCCGUUUCCUAGAUAAAUAUCGUGACAAGUAUUGCACAUUUAAUGAUGACAUACAGGGCACCGCUGCAGUUGCGGUAGCGGGAAUUUUAGCUUCGAAAAGAAUAACAAAGAAAAAUAUGUCUGAGAAUAAAUUCGUCUUUCUAGGUGCUGGCGAGGCUGCCAUUGGAAUUGCUGACCUUUGCGUUAAAGCGAUGGAAGCAGACGGAUGCACGGAACAGCAGGCUCGUGAUAAUAUUUGGAUGAUGGAUAUCGACGGAUUACUAGUUAAAAACAGACCUGAAGGUAAUCUGGAAGGUCAUAAAAUCUGGUACGCGAAAGACCAUAAGGUGAUGAAGUCACUGAUCGAAAUUGUGAGAGAAGUGAAACCAACUGUUUUAAUAGGCGCAUCAGCGGCGGCAGGAGCAUUCACUCCUGAAGUCUUGAAAGAAAUGGCCAAAAACAACGAGAGGCCAUUGAUCUUCGCGUUAAGCAAUCCAACCAGUAAAGCCGAAUGCACAGCUCAGCAAGCAUACGAUUAUACGGAUGGAAGGUGUAUAUUUUCUUCGGGUUCUCCAUUUGGAGAAGUUAACUAUAAAGGGAAAAUUUACAAGCCAGGACAAGGAAACAACGCUUACAUAUUCCCUGGAAUUGCAUUGGGAGUAAUUGGAACAGGAGUUCAUCACAUUACCGAAGAUUUAUUCCUUAUUUCUGCCCAAGCAGUUGCUGAUCAUGUAAAAGACGAAGACCUAGAAAUGGGUAGUCUUUAUCCGCCACUGGGGACAAUUCGUGAAUGUUCAAUAGAAAUUGCUGUUCGAAUUGCCAAUUACGCUUACGCUAAAACUGGAUUGGCAAGCGAAUAUCCAGAGCCGAAAGACAAACGGGAAUUUAUUGUAAGUAAAAUGUAUGAUGCCAAUUAUGACAGUCCACUGCCAAACAUUUAUGACUGGCCGGGUGAUUAUGCCAAACCCCGUGUUUUACCAGAGAAAGAGACUGUAGAAAUCCGCCACGAUUUAAAACAUCUGUAGCGGGUUUCAUCGAACGAGAUAUUCAGAGGCUAUUAUAAUUACCAUUAUCUUUAAAAGAAAAAAAAAUUAUUGCUGUGUCCUGAAUUGAAAAUGUAAUACAGGUCGUGGCAGAUACAGGCAACAGUGCAGUUUAAAACAGUUGUAGCUGUAAGAACUGUUACUUCUGUCAGUGACUAUUGUCAUUGCUUCUUACAAUAUAACUUGCACGAAGCGUUAAAGCACGGCAAAAUGAAAUGAUGACAUAGAGCUAUUAUUACAGCAUCGAAUGUCGCAGUAAGCUAACAUUGCAGUAUUUUAAUGUCCUCCUUCAUCCUAUACGCAGUAUUACAAUCGCUAGUAAUUUCCCAGUGCCGUGAUAAGUAUUAACUAUUGAAAGUAUUUAAAGAAAGUUUAUAGAAUUGUUAUUGUCACAUAUACCUUUGCAGUUAUGUUGUAUAAAACGAAAAUAAUAGUAAUAUGUUGCUUCAUUGAUUGAAGCAUAACCUAUUUAGUAUAAAUUAUGAUUUUAUAUAAUACCGAUUAUUUAAUGAACCGAAAUUUGAACAGUGACUGUUUCGAUCAAGAAGUCGAUAACAAAUAAAGUUUUAAUGAAAGAUAAUGCGAAUACAAAGAUUAUGAAGUGUAUAUAUACCAUUAUAUGUAUACACUGUGAAUGUUUAUAAAUGUAAUUUUGUCUUCUUUCUCUAUUUAAGCUUUAUUUUUCCAAUGAAUAACUGUCUCAUAACAUUUUACUCUGUAAAAGCAAUGCUCUUUAACAUAGAAAAAUUUUCUUGUGUUUAAGGAUGCCUGAUUUUUCCUUUACUGAUGACCUUUCAAUGAACCAAUCAGAAGCUCCCAAUUCCUCUACCAAAGAGACCCAAACCUUCUGAUGUGCUUUUACUUUACAAUAUAGAUGUCAUCCUAAUGAACCAGUCAGAAGCACACAAUCCUCCUCAAAAGAUCAGAAAACUUCCAAACACAGUUAUUUUAACAUGCCUUUACUUUGCAAUGUUUUAUAAACUUAUAUACAGUGCUUUACUAACCAUAUACAUAUAUUUUAUUUACAAUUUAAAAUAAAAAUUUUUUAUAAAUUGCGAAGAAGCCGCGCAAUUAAUGCCUGCAACUUGUUUAUAAAUAUUUAUUAUUGUUAUUUUUAUAAUUUGUGUUUAUUUUCAGACUAAACGAUUUUCCAUGUAUUUUAUUUUAUUUUCAUACAUCAAGUGACUCGCAAUUCAUGAUGUAAAACUAGUACAACCAGGGGCACACGAGCCUUAAAAUAACGGAUGUUACGAUCUACUUAUAAGAUCAAUCACACGAGCAACGUGCGUCAAAUUUGACGUACGGUGUAACGUUCGUUAAUUUCUUUUCGACGCAUUUAUGCCAGAACGGACAUUACUUAGUAUAGUAACGCAUAUUUAUAAUAGAAGGGUUUUUAUAGAAAACACUAAAUGUAAGUGUCAAAACUGAACAAUUUCCUUUUUCUAUUUUUAUCCUGUUGUAUACAGAUUAGUUACAAUUUUUCUUUUGUGAAUAGUCAUCCAUAAUACUGAUAAUGUUGAAAGAUGAUAUCAUUACCACGUAAUGUUAAUUUGUACGUUGUUCGUUAACUAUUCAUUAAUAUUAAAAUGCCUAAUAUUGAUACAUUUAUAUAAGGUACAGGUUCAUUUCCUCUGCAGUUUCUGUGCUAAUUGACCCAAAACAACAUCGCUCGUGUGUUGUGAUCAUCUACGUUCGUACAAAACGACGUUCGUCAUAACGAACGUAAUUUUAACGCUCGUGUACCUUCGGCCUAAUUCUUCAUAUAAAUGAAAAUUGCAAAUCUAAAGAAAGUUUUCGUACAAAAGUAAAAUUUUACUGAAUUUGCUGCGGCCACUUUUUUCAGUCGUAAUUCAUACGGUCGGUUAAUCGUGAUUCAUGUGAUCAGUUUAUCUUCAAGUAAACAGUACAAAAAUUUUGUAAAUACAUAGAAAAGUAUAGAAUUUAAAAUUAUAAAAUAUAACUCUGACUGCAAUAUGAAGUAUUUUAGUGGUAUCGAUCGUUUGAAAUUCAUUCAUUUUUACCAUUGAUAAUAUAAUAACAUCUUCUUUAUUUUUGUAGACGUUUUAAAACUCAGUAAAUUAUAUAUUCGAUAUUUUUACGUAAAAUAAACAUAAUGUUGAUAUUAGCAGCAAUGAAAAUGCUGCAAAUACAAUUAAAAAUUAUGAGAAAAUAUUAUAAAUUAAAUAGGAUGGAUAUCAUCGAUAUUGUUUCCAUUAAAUAUAAUUCUCAAUGUUUCAUACGAUUCGGAACGAUCCUUUAGUUUUCAAUUCUAAAAUACCUCUACAGACAGAAUGAUUUACAAAACGACCUGUGUGACGUUUUUCUUUAAAUAAAAAUGUAUUAGUUUCAAAUAUAAUUAUUUGAGUUUAUUUUCAUAUGAAGAACAUUUUUUUUUUAUUAUAUCAUGAAUUCCGAGGUAUCCUGUAUUUUACGGGUAAACGGGUGCAGUUUGAAGGACGAUGCGCUUAAAAGUACAGAAUACCAUAUGUACAAAACAUUUUAUAUUUCGUAUAAGAUGUCGAGGGAUUAUUAAAAUAUUUCACGCUCGCAAAUAUCAACGUAAUUACAUAUUUGUUCCUGAGACGUUCUCGGUCUUCGAAUUUUCCGAAAGAUCGGGUGGCAUCAUCAAGCAAUCCAAUACGAAUAAAAUAGUAUACACAACUUAUUUUUCUCUAUGUAAAGAGUGUCUAUUUUUCGUAGAAGCGUAUCGAAAGCACUCCUCUUGACUGUUAAUAUUUCAUCCUAGAAUAAUCAAUGGUAUACUAUCGGGUCUGGCAUGCUGUACAAGACAUAGUCGAUACUUGAAAUAUGUGGUAUAUAUGCAUAAAAUGUGCUUGCGUGUGUGUGCGUGUGUGUGUAUGUGUGUCAAAAUGUAAUUAACUGCUGACUAGAAAAAAAAACCAGUUACCGAGUCCAUGUAUAUGUACAUAUUACAUUAUGAAAUCGUUUGCUGCUACGAAUUUGAUUGUUUACUUUAAUUGCGUAGAUUUGAAUGUAGUAGUAAAUUUAGCCAAGCGACGCGGGUUUAUUUGUAAUGUCGUUAGUUCACGGUAGAUAGACAUUAGGAAGUAAUUGAAAGUGAUGUGCUCAUGUUCCAAUCCUAUUUUAUGUUAUACAUAUAUUUGUAGCUGGAUAAAGUCCUUCAAGGUGUCGCUUGGUUAAAUGAAAAGUACUGAAGGAGCGUUAUGUCAUUACUAAUCGUGUUCUUCUCCCAACAGAUUAUGACGUGUUGGCGAGUUAAAAAACAAGACGGCUACUCUGACGUAUACAUACACGUUUUAAGAUAAUGUUGCGGAAGUAAAUAAAUGUCUUGUAAUGUGGCCACAUGCGUAAAUCUUCAGUAGAUAUAAUUAACGUCGUAAAAUGUGUCAGGGAAUUGACGGUUUAAAUCCAAGCUCGUUACCCGUCAGUAUUCCGUACUUAUUUAUUGUUAAUUUAAUACUGUAAUUAUACGUUGUGACGAUGUACACAUUUCCAAGGCGCGACUAUUCAUUGAUUACAAAAGUGAAUUUUACCAAUCGCUUCACCUGGAAUUCUUUAUUUAUUUGUGCACCAUGCUAGUUUGCGUGCCAUUCUAAGUUUGGUGAUUAUUCCUUGAAACAGAGAAUGUCCGUUUUAAUGAGAUUCUUCUUUAAGAUCACUUUGUAAAUUGAUGAAUAGUUGCUUUACAAGUGGUGUUCACGGGUUGCCCUCAUAGUACUUCCUGAACUGCAUAAAAAAUACAUUAGUUACAUAUUUAUGUAUGCUCGGUUUAUAUGUAUAUGUAUAAAUCUAGUGUACCAUGAGGUUGAAGAUAAUCAUACGUGAAUGAUCCAUCCGUGAACAGCACUGAUUUACUGUAAUUGUGCCUCAAUAGCGUAUAACAGAUUAUUUAUUGUAUUAUUAUUGUGCUACUAUGUCGUCGAAUAAUUUUUAAUUUAAUGCACGCAUCAAUAGAGAAAUCGAUCAUUCGGAUUGACUCUUUUGUUCCACUGGAUAUAUGUAUAACAUAAGGCUGCGCAAAUUAUCUCGCCAUCUUUUCAAUUUAACAACGUGUUUUUAAAUAUUUGAAUCAGGACUAGCAAAGAAAAACAUUUUGAAAGUUGUAUCUUUUGUACUAUAUUCUACUUAUCAGUCUUACUUUAACUAAAUAUAUGAAAUGAACAUUUUUGUCAGAUGGUUCCUAUGUGUUAUGUGAAAUAGAAACUUCGAUCAACAACAUCGAGUGAAUUGUAAUUACUGCCACACCACAAACGUAAGGAAUUUACCACGGAUACACGAGUGAGAAAACCCGAAAUUAUUUAACUACAAGUUCUCGUUUCUUAGAAUUUGUUACUGGACGUAUAAAUUAUACUCUUAAGGCUAUGAAUAAAUGUUAAGUC